UUUCAACCUCCCAGGAUACUUACCCACUACCCGUCUUCUUGCACCAUGGCGAAUAAUGCAUCCUCAUCAGAAAAGUAUCCAGAAACUGCUGGACCGGCAAAUAUCGUCCCAUUGAUCCCUCCCACCGACCCGAAUUUGGUGACCUGGGACGGACCAGAUGAUCGUCAGAACCCUAAAAACUGGCCCGCUAGAAAGAAAUGGAUGGUGUUUGUUCCAAUGUCACUGUAUAACCUGUUGAGCUCUAUGUCAUCGGCUACAGUUGCUCCAGCCUUGAGCACUAUUGGCGAAGAUCUCGGGUUUCCUUCUAACACACUGCUUAUCCUGAGUCUAUCCAUCUUCUUUCUUGGCAGUGCGAUCGUGCCACUGUUUACGGCACCUGUCUCAGAGAUGAUCGGAAGAGUACCAGUUCUACUCACGAUGAAUGUAGUUUAUAUCGUGUUCAAUACAGCAUGCGGUGCUGCCAAAUCGCCGACUCAGUUAAUUCUCUUCCGCUUCCUUGCCGGCUUGGGCGCCGCCGGUCCAUAUGGCAUCGGAAGCGGCAUGAACAGCGACCUCUUUGAGGCCCACGAACGUGGCAAAGCCAUAGCAGUAUUCACACUGGCACCUCUAAUUGGAACAGCCAUCGGCCCCAUCACAGGCGGCUUUGUCGUCCAAUACGUGUCAUGGCGAUGGUGCUUCUACGUGAUCUCUAUCGCCAUAGCCGCCAUCCAAAUCGUCGGACUCAUCCUCCUCCGCGAGACCUACGGCCCCGUCCUCCUGAAACGCAAAGCCGCCCGGUUGCGCAAAUCCACUCAAAACCCCGAUCUUCACACUGAGCACGAUCGCGCCUCCACACACCUCACAACCAACCUCAUCCGCCCGUUCCGUCUACUGACUACACAGCCCAUCAUCCAAGUCCUCAGUCUCUAUCUCGCAUACCUAAAUGGAAUCCUCUACCUCAUGGUCGCUACCUUCCCGGACGUCUGGACAGGUAUCUACCACGAGUCCGUAUCCAUCGGCUCCCUCAAUUACCUCUCCAUGACGGUAGGACUAACCAUCGCAACACAAUUUGGCGUCCGCUUCGCAGAUAAAAUCUACCAGCGUCUCCGAGCAAAGAAUAAUGGACAACCAAAACCCGAAUUCCGUCUCCCAAUGCUGUGCGCGGUGGCAGUCGUCGUCCCAAUCGGUCUAUUCUGGUAUGGGUGGAGUGCGAGAACGAGUAUUCAUUGGAUUAUGCCAAACAUCGGCGCAGCAAUCUACUCCGGCGCCACCGUCGUACAGCUCGUCUGCGUUCAGGGCUACCUGAUCGAUGCGUAUCAGGUAUACGCGGCAAGCGCAAUGGCGAGUGUUAUGGUACUCAGGAAUUUACUGGGGUUUGGGUUGCCGCUUGUUGCACCUAGCUUAUAUGGCAAUCUUGGCUUUGCAUGGGGAAAUACGCUUCUCGCGUGCGUUGCUGUUGUGAUUGGGAUUCCGGCGCCGUUGUUACUGUGGUAUUAUGGGGAGGAGCUGAGGGGGCUGAGUACUUAUGCGAAGCGUUAAGGUUAGGUCGGGAUUGUUGUGGAUAUAGUAGUCCUUUUUUUCGCAUCAGGGAAUAUCGUGCUCGUUUGAUAGAUGUAGAUGAGGGGGGUCAUUUAUGGUCUCGGGUGCUCUUCAGGUUCAUCUGGGUUUAUUCUGGAUAGAAGGGAUUUUUGGAGAUAUCAAGUGGUU